AUGACCCGAAGCUCCGGUUCUACACUAGAGCCACCCGUAGACGAUCCGGAGUUGAUUAUUCGCAAACAAAGAGGAAAAGAAAUCGAGCCCGACACAUCCACGUUUGGUGAAGAAAGCAAUUCCAAUCAAGGAGAUAAUAUGGCCGACAUCGCCGACAUACCGAUGGGAGAUUACAAGAAGCGCAUAAGAGAUGGUACCGGGUCGGGACUCGUGCAACCUGCAAUCCCAGCUACCGCCAAUUUUGAGUUGAAGGGUCACAUCCUCGCACAACUAAAAGACAUUCCAUUCCAUGGAAAGGAGCAUGAAGAUGCUUACAAGCAUAUUGAAGAAGUUAUGGACAUUUAUGACUAUUUCCACAUGCCAAAUGUGCCUCGCGAUAUUGUUUUACUACGGAUGUUACCGGUUACAUUCAGAGGAGGCGCGAAGGAAUGGUUGAAAUCUUUACCCCCCGGAUCCAUUACAACAUGGCAAACGAUGCGCGAGGAGUUCAUUGACCAAUUUUGUCCACCUUCUAAGAUUGCAAAAUUGAAGAAAGCAAUUGCUAACUUUGAGCAAUUGCCGGGAGAAUCACUUUAUGAGGCGUGGGAGAGAUACAAGGGGUUAAUAAGAAAUUGCCUUCAAAACGACCUAAACGUACAACAAGAGGUUUCCAUCUUUUAUGAUGGCGUGAACGUCACAACUAGGCAAUUACUAGACUCCCAAGGACCCCUCACGAAGAAAGCACUAGCUGUCAUUAAAACAUUGGUAGAAGAAUUCUCCAAACAUUCAAGAGAAUACCAUAAUCCAAGGAACGAUACAGCUAGAGGCGUAGUUAACUCAGUUUCCGAUGACAUGCCAGCAAUGAUGGCCAAACUAGAAAGUAUGGAUCGUGGGAUGACAAAGAUGGAUCAAUCCAUCCAUGCCAUAAGUGAUUGUGAUCUUGAUGAGAACAGCAACUGGAAGGCACAAGUUUGUUAUUCGAGUGGUGAUAGGUUUGAUGAUGAUUGGCGAAAGCCCAAGAAGGAAUGGCUCCCCUACGACGAGUACAAGAAGGCAAAGGAGGAGAAAUAUAGGCAAAAAGCACGCGGGUUUUAUAAAAAAGAAGAACCAGUGCAAGAGAAGAAGACGGAUCUUGAAGCUAUGUUAACUCGAUUCGUUAGUUCUUUCGAAAAAAGGCAUGACGAAUCCGAUGUAGCCAUUAGAGAUCAACAAAAGAUGAUGAAGGAGCACCAAACAAUCAUGAUGGAUCAACAAACUCUGCUCCAGAAUCAACAAGCUUCAAUUUUGAACAUUGAAAAACAGCUUGGGCAACUUGCCAAGCAAUUCAAUGAAAGAACACCGGGUGGGCUUCCUAGUGACACGGAAAAAAUUCAAAGGGCGCGCACAUUAACAUAG